AUGUUCCACUCUCUGGCUCCGCUUCACUCGCCCUCGCUCUUUGGACACGGAGCCAGAGCACGCUUCAAAGUCAAACACCGCGGACGCAAAACCGAGAGAGAAAAAACGCCGCCCUCUCCCAUUAUGUGCUCAGGCCUCUUGUUCGCGUCCCUUUUGUUCGCGUCCCUCUUGGCGUCGAUCUUCAGAGUCUGUGGCGAGUGCUUGAUCCAAGGCUGCAAGAAAUCAUGGAGGAGCACACUGAAGCGCACGCUUACAAACCACUGCUUAGUCAAGAGUCCCUAA